AUGGUGGAUGCAACAUUGUCCAAGAAGAUACUGCAAUCGUUGCACCUUUCUGUGAGACUUGUGAGCCCCUUCCACAACUUGAAAAAUAGAAAAUUCCAAGUUUUUAUUAGUACCCCUUCUGGAAUUGAUGAUAGUAGUAUUCAGUUGUUGCAUUCGGUUGCUUGCUUGUGUGAACCAAGUAGUGUUAUAAGUACGAGAAAUAGCAGUCUUGGUGGCAGUGGAAAUUUGAGUGAUAUGUACAUUGAUCCAUUGACAAGAAUGGUUACAUUUCAAAGUACAAUUUCACCGAAAGAAGUGACACAAUCUGAUGAUGGUAAAUCACUUUUUAUUAAAGUGGGAAAUUAUGGAAAGAAUCCAGGAAGAACACAAUUCAAAUUCUUGGCUCUCAUAUUUGAAAUCCAGUAUCAGAAUCAAUACUAUCAAGCUUACAUCACCAUUAAAACUCAAAGAGGAAGUGGUGUUGAGCAAAGAGGUUGUACAACCAAAGAAUCCUGUUUCAUUUCAGAUGCUGUUCAAAAUGAGGAGGAUGAAUUCAUUCAGGCUUUUUUAAGGUUUAACUCUUUAGGCUCUUCUUUAAGUAAUUGUUCAAGUCCAACCAACAGGAGGAGAACACCAAACAGCAAGCCAAACUUUGGAAGUGUCUUUGCAGAGCAAAAAUUUGUAAAUUUCAUGGAAGGCACAACAGAUUCUCUUGACAGACUUACUCCUGAUAUUAUUGCUGUUGGACAAUCUGACAACUAUGAUGAUGAAAUUGAUUAUCAAAAUUCACUUACUGAUUUUUACAAUACCAUCACAUUCACAAAAAUCCAUUUUGAAAAUGGACCAAAACAGGGUGGACAACCAAAUACUCUUUAUUUAUCAUUCAAAGACAGCUCAAAAACUGGAUUGUAUGAAAUGAUAAAACACCAUUCAAUGCAAAGUAUCAGUAUGUGGUUUGUACCAAAGCAUCACCCAGAAGUUCAGGUAGGUCUUCCACAAAUACUUCACAUCAGUGAAAUUGGAAAUUAUGCAGCCCUCCAUUUUAUAACUUCUCCAGUUCUUACACAUUUUGAGGGUGAUUUGGAUUCUUGUGUUUUCUUGGUUAUUGAUAAUGAAAUAAUUGAUGGACUAGUUGACUAUACAUUUGUAGACACUUCCAAUACUCAAUCAAAUAAUCUUCAAUUCAUAACUUAUUAUCAUCCAGAAGAGAAUCUGCAAAGCAAUAGAUUCAUUCAGUACACUGCCCAACAAUCAUGUGCUCAAGAAUCGAUCGAAUUUGUAAAUAAUUAUAUUCCAGAAAUUAGCCUUUUGAAUAAUACAUGUAAAACUAGGAAUAUUGGGAGCAAAAAAGAUCGCAAGGCAUUUGCUGGUAACACUUGAAGCAAUUUUCUUACAAAACUCUAAUGUACAGAUAUCUGACUCUGUUGAUUUGAACACAAGCAUCAACUUAUGUCUUACUAAGAAGAUCUAGAAAUUCUCUACUAUAUAAAAAAGUAGCCU